AUGGCCGAUUACAACAUCCAAAAAGAGUCAACUCUCCAACUCGAUCGUCCUGUUUAUGAAGAUCUUCUUGAAACACUUUCCACUGGUAAAACCAUAGCCUUGGAUGUCGAAAGCUCCGACACCAUCAACAACGUCAAGGUGAAGAUCCAAGAUAUGCAAAGCCUUAUUUUCGCCGGCAAGCAAUUCGAUGAUGGUUGUUCGACUUUGGCCGAUUAUAACAUCCAGCAGAGUCCAUACUUGGUUCAGAUUUCAUGUUUCCUCGUCGGAUGCCCAUUUUUUCAAGACAUUAACGGGGAACAUGAUCAAAUUGGAGGUGGAGAGU